AUGUUGCCUUUUGAGGACACAUCUCUUAACUCUUGCUGUGACUGUCAUGACAAUGGCAAAGUUUAUGGCGGCUGCUCAUGGGGACAUUCUGAAAACACCACGCAAUCCACUCCUGUUCCAGGUGUGAGUAACCUCACCUCACCUGCAAACACCAUCGCACCUCUCACCUCCACCCAAUCCAGCUCAACCUCACCUGCAAACACCACCGCACCUCUCACCUCCACCCAAUCCAGCUCAACCUCACCUCCACUCACCACAGACAGCUCAACAAUCCAAGUGACGUGCCAAUACAACCUUACGAAAGGUGAAAAUGACCCAGUGGUGAAGAUCACUGGUUCCGCUAACAGAACGUACACAGUCAAGCUAGUGGGUGAUCAGAGAGAGACUUUGCUUGACACAUAUGUAUCUUCCUCCUUCACAAUACCAUUUAAAAUGUUGAAGCCAUGCACUAAUUACGCCAUCAGAGUAGACGGCUGCAUUUCCUCUGGAGACACCACAAUUUUUUACAAUGUCAGUGAAAGUAAAAAACAUUCUGUCAGUGUGACAUCUGCUGGAGAUGAAGUAUGUGUUACGGAUGAGAAAUGGAAUCUGUCGAAGUGUGAGAUUGUAACACCUGAAAACUCUUGCAAAUGGAAAGCAGUUGACUUUGUACUUGAAAAAUGCACCUACACAAUAAAUGUCACCAUGCCCCCUGUCAAGCCUGACAUAACAUUUACUGAAGACAUCCCCUCUCGUUUUAUCUGGACUAAUAAACUGGAAGAAUGUGAUAACGGACUUAAAGUCAAGUGCACCAACGGCAGUGACACCAAUAUUUACAGUAUAAAUGAAUCAGUGUCGUUAUUGCCUUUAAUGGAUUAUGUCUGCGCCGGAGAAUUCUCUUACCAGAAUCAAACCAUCAAAAGUAAAAAUAUCCCAAUUUAUAUUGACUGCGAAGGAGAAGACGGACACAUCUCACACGCGCUAUUAGUCACAUCAUUAACAACUAGUUGUUCAGUUGGUUCCAUAUAG